AAUAGGGUACGUCAAAGCAAUUAGCCCUCUCCUAGAUCUCGUACGACUUUUAUGUUUUCACGUCUAUCCCAGACGGAGUUGAUUUUUCCAGGAUGCGUCUCUGUGCAUUCUUCUAUCACUUGUACAUAUAGGUGAACAGUUGAGAGCCUGGUCCAUAGUUAACAUUAUGCAAAGUCUUCGGGAGUGUAGUGGAGAAGCUGCCCAGGCUGUAGUCCAGAAUCCUGGGAGCAAUUGUAAACAUGUUGCAGCCUUGAUUAUGACAUUGGUAUCAACUAGUGUGCAAUAAACACUUGUUCAACACAAUGGCCUUGAGACCAGCUAAUGCACCAGUAAAUUCUUCAGCUUAUAGAAGAUACACGCCCUCUAUGAUGGAAUCAUCAUGUUCCCACACUUCCUGUAAUAUAUACGACGGAGCUAAUAGAGUCUUCGAAAUAAAUGAACGUAAGACUGAUGGCGCUGCCAGCGUUGUUGACAAAGGCGGUCACUCGCGGAGCACUGGGCGACAACAGAUAGAUGACAUCGAAAGAGAAGACUUCGACGAGGAGAAUAGGAUCAUAAAUCAGUGCUCUAGCAUGAUAGUGGACGGAAAGCUGGCGGCUGCCUCCCACUACUCUGGAAACUUAUCGAGUGCCAACUCGAGUUUAGCGUCCAGUUCCGAGACAAUAUCGACUUUAUCAAACAUUAUCACUAACUACAGUCUUCCAGGAUGUAGCAAAGACUGCGAAGAUAGUAAUACUACCAUAAAGAAUAUGAUAAGUAGGAAAUGUGACGAUCCACAGACUGACGAGAACAAUCCCGAUUUUAUGCAGAAAUUGUUGAUCAGUGGAGUGCAAGAUAAUGUGGAUUUUCCUAAAGGGAAGAUGUAUAAAGUAGAUCAGGAGGGUUACUGUGAAAACGACGGUGAAGGCUGUGAUAUAGAGAGGGUGGGAGGUCCAGCGGGAAGGACUAGUUCAAACGCUUCGAGUAUUGGCAGUGCCAGUUCGGAUAGCACGAAGGAUUUUAACGUACCGUCUACCUCAAAUGCUGAAAGACUGCUCGGAAUCGAGGAUAGGAGCCUGGAGGACAGAAGAAAUGACCCGAUACACUCUAAAGCAUCGCAAUAUUUGUUGCGUUUCUGCGAUGGCACCGAUGAUUCUGAUGAAGAAGGAACUGAAGAGUCUUGGUGUACUUGUCUUUCGUCGCACGAGGAUGACGACGACGAAGACGAACCUGAACAAGAAUCGGACAGGCUUUGGAGGAAGCGACGUUACGAGCCGUCUCCGCCGCAUACGAGCAAAAGGUUUUGUGCGGACAGUCCCCCGGGGCAGGAACGGCAGCUCGUCCCGGGCGGCAGCGGUCAGGGAACCAGCCUGGGUAAUCCCGAGAUGAAACAGUGGCUCAAUAGAUUCCAAUCGUGGACGAACGCCGAAAGGAUACAAGCCAUUGACGCGUUGAUCAGUCGUUGUGCGGCCAGCCAAGUACGGCACAUGAUGAAGGCGAUCGAGCCACUUUUUCAACGGGAUUUCAUCUCGCUCCUGCCCAAGGAACUGGCCCUUACCGUUUUAGGGUACCUGCAGCCGAUGGACUUGCUGAGAGCCGCCCAAACUUGCCGAUACUGGAGGUUCCUAGCUGAUGAUAACCUGCUCUGGAAGGAGCAGUGCCGUCGCAUUGGUAUCACCACUCUGAAGAAGACUCCUCGUUCGCUUCCCCGAUGCGCGAGUCCGUGGAAGGCGGCUUACAUGCGCCAGUAUCUGAUAGAGGACAACUGGCUUCACAAGCCGGUCAGCAACCCUAUUGUGAUGCGGGGCCAUGAUGAUUACGUCAUAACUUGCCUCCAGUUCUACGGGAAUCGUAUCCUGAGCGGGAGUGACGAUGCCACUUUGAAGGUCUGGUCGGCUAUAACUGGCAAGUGUCUCCGUACUCUAGUGGGUCACUCGGGCGGGGUGUGGUCGUCGCAAAUGAUCGGUGACUUGGUGAUCAGCGGCUCGACCGAUCGAACCCUGCGCGUUUGGAACGCUAAGAGCGGACAGUGCUUGAAGGUGCUCGCCGGUCACACGUCCACCGUACGUUGUAUGCAUCUGCAUCAGAACAAGGUCGUGUCCGGUUCCCGGGACGCCACACUCCGCGUGUGGUCGAUACCGGACGGCCGCUGCCUGAGGGUUCUGGUCGGACAUCUGGCUGCCGUACGUUGCGUACAGUACGACGGUAAGGUGGUCGUGUCCGGCGCGUACGAUUACUUCGUCAAAGUAUGGAAUCCUGAGACCGGUGAAUGUCUACACACACUGGCUGGACACACUAACAGGGUGUACAGUUUGCAGUUUGACGGUAACCAUGUCGUGAGCGGAUCCCUGGAUACUUCUAUCCGGGUUUGGGACGUGGAAUCCGGUCAGCUGAAACACACGCUCAUCGGUCAUCAGUCCCUUACUUCUGGCAUGGAGCUGCAGUCCAAUAUCCUUGUCUCCGGCAAUGCUGAUUCUACAGUUAAAGUGUGGGAUAUCACGACGGGACAGUGUCUGCAUACCCUUGCCGGUACGAACAAACACCAAUCGGCCGUCACUUGCCUUCAGUCGUCGAAUCGCUUCGUGAUCACGUCCUCCGACGACGGCACCGUCAAGCUGUGGGACGUUCGAACCGGCGAGUUCAUACGGAACCUCGUCGAAUUGUCAUCGGGCGGCUCCGGAGGCGUAGUCUGGCGCAUCAAGGCGUCCGCGACCAAACUCAUAUGCGCGGUCGGCUCUCGUAACGGAACCGAGGAGACGAAACUCCUGGUGCUCGACUUCGACGUGCCCGGGGCCUGCCGCAAGUGCGACGAAUAGCAUCGACUGAAUCAGCGUCGUAUUAGGCGCUACGCCAACUUGUACGCCCCCUGGCACUGCUGAUUUGACCUCCCCCCAACCCCCCUCGACACGCGCACGAUCAAGCAUUAAUCAAAGACAUUUACCAAAUAGAAAAUUAGUGCCCGCUUCUGUUAUGUCCUUCGUGUUCAAUGGUGAUUUGUUAUGAUCCUGAAUAUCCGUACUUAUACUAACUAGCUGCUUCGUGUCUUGCUAAUUAAACGUGAAAAAUCAAAUAUGAACUUAUUAGAAACAUAAAAGAUUAUUAAAAAAACAAUGGACUCCGUUAUCCUAAAAUAUGUAAUAAUAGAUAAAAAUAAAUAAAAUAUAUUGUAGCAAUACAACUAACGUAUCGAUAUUUUACGAAAUGACACCCUGUAAUAUCAUAUCAUCAACAGAUACUGUUUUUACUAAAUACCGGAACAUUCUAUUUUCCAUACAGCGUACGGCAAUGAAAAGAAAAUUUAAGAAAUGAGAAGAAAAUUUAAACACAUUAAAUUUCUAUUAUUGAGUCUAGCAAUCGUAAUAAACUUUAAAAUCUCAAAUUUAAUUUUAUAAAACAUCUAUCCAAUUUGGUUAGAUACGUUAAAGCUGACAUUAGACUGACUAAAAUUUUUUUUUUUAAAUCUUAAUACAGACGCUGUAGUUAUAAAUGUAAUAUCAUAAAUAUAUUGUCAGAAAUUUUCCACAUCCAUCAAUAAUCGAUUAAUGCAUUCUCAUUAUCUUCAGCACUUAACACUAUUCUUGGUAAAGAUAAAUAAUAAACAACUGUUUCAGAAUUUGAACUUCCAUGAUCUCUUGUAGUACUCAUUAUUUAUAGUCUAGAUUCUAGAUAUUAUUGGGAUCCCUCCAUUGAUUGGUACUCCGAGCAAAACAUUCGGAAUAUAAGUUUAUAAUAGUUUUUGUUAUUUUAUAUUAUUAUUAUAAUUCUAUUUAUACUAAAAAUACAAAUGUAUAUCAGCUAUGCGAAAUUUGUGUUGUAGAGAAAGUUGAAUAAAAAAUAAAUUAUCUAUUACAUUACUGCCAUUAAGAGGAUUGCCAAUCAAUAAUUGUAUAGUUUACCCUAACGCAAUGUAAAAAGAGUCGAAUCCGGAAAAUAUGCAGGACACGAAACUGUCAUCGGACACGAGGGCCUCCUUUGAAACUGUAGCGUCGUUUACGGACAAACGAAUCGUCCACGUACGUAUACGUACGCACAUGCACGUGUACGUAUGCACAUGUACGUAUAAGUACGCACAUGUACGUGUAAGUACACACACGUACGUGUAUAUAGGCACAUGUACGUACGUGGUCUAUGUCUCGUCUCAAUGUACCGUCUCGUCGCUCACUUGUGUUCUAACUGAAUAAUUAAUAGAAAUGUUCACAUGAAUCACCAUAUCGUGAACACUGUUCAUUCUGAAUGCGAGUGAAGAUUGAAUGUGAGCCGUUUGUAUUCUUAAUUUGUGAAAUUAACUAUUUAAAUGUUAAAUGUCUGAUAGUUUUCGGAGAACAAAAAAAAUAUGUAUUGCACACGUCGCGUUUUUGUUGUACUUUUUAAUGUUUAUUGUAACGGUGAGUGUUUGAAUGUUGCUAUUAUUCGAUUGAAUUGGCUUUAAUGUUGAAUGUUACUUGAAAUUUUAUACAUAUCUAAUUGAUUUCCUUACAGUAUAAGGGUAUGCUUCUAAAAGUACAAAGAAAAACGAUAGCAAUAUCUGUCAAUUUCUGUUUUUUUAAAAGCUUCUUUACGGCUUUAGAAUGUUAAAAGUAUUUUAAAUGUUUAUUAUUCCAUAUAUAAAGACGCUAGUUUGCAAGCUAAUGCAAUAUUGUAACGUUAGUGCCCAUUUAUAUACAAGUUAGUUUUAUAGUAACGUUAUCUCAAUAAAAACGCUUCGUGUGACCUUUUUAGAAUUUAAUGUUAAACAUCCUAUGUAAGUGUACAAAUAUUCUAAAUAAUGGAUUUAAUAAUAUUCUAAAAUGCUUGAUCGUAAUAUCGAUCUCUAGUGCAACGAACAGGCUACAGGCAGGGGUUGGUUCUUGUCGAAAUUGUACACUUGACGUGCAAAUAAUCGAUCACAUAAAAUUAUAUUGAGAACAUCCGAUCGCCCUUCUAUAUCGAUUAUGUUGGUCGCGAGUGUACCCUUAGUGGAUGUAACUACCCACCGGGACUUUACUAAGAGGUAAAUGGACAGUUUUAAAUAAUAAUAUAAUAAAUAUAUAAUAUGUUCAGAGUAACUCAUGUGUACACAAUAUAUAGUAUUCACUACAUUCGAUUACAGUACAUGCCAUUAUGUGUAAAAAGCGUUUAAUUCGAAAAAAGAAAAAUAUGUUGGUUAUGUUAAAAUGUCGCUGCAAUCGCUUUAGUUUUAUUUUAUCAGUAUCUUUCGAAUAUACAAAAGCGAAAACAAUAGAAAAAACGGUUUAUUUUUUAAGAAAUCUUUCAUUUGGUUAUACCUUCGAUUGAUUGCCUUAGUUAAAUUAUUAUAAGAUUUCAACUCUGCAAAUCGUUUCACUGUUUGGUAACAAUUUACAGUUUUAUUAUAAAUUCUUGUGAACACGUCAUUUUUUUGGUGUCAUUGCGUGUGUCAGCUAAUCUUUCGUGUAUUUUCUAACAAUAUGAAUGAAUUGAGUUUUGUAAGUUAAAGAAAGUAACAUUGACGAAUACAUAUGUCCUUUUAAUAAAUGACGAAGGAAAAUUUUAAUUAAAAAUUUGUGUAUUUUUAUAACAUUGAUUUAAUUUGAGCUUACCGAAGUUCAGUAUACUGUUUUACUUUUCGUUUAUUAUGUUUCUUACUGCUGCGAUAAUAUAUAAUGUGUACUCAUAUAUUUAUAUAUUAAAAGACAGAUUAUAUAUAGAUACAUCUAUACAAAUAUAUAAACCAUUUAUAAAUGGCCAAAUCAGAAUAUAUUUAUCGCUUUGAAACAUAACUAUCUAAGUAUGAUUAGUACUCACCAUUAUAUUCAUUUACCGAAUUUUAAGGAAGUAGUAACUUAAUCUCAUGUAAACGCCGUGUUAAAAUAAAUAAAUUGAUAAAAAUAAAUAUAAUAAAAAAAAAAACAAAAAAAAAAAACAUAAACGGUUAAAUAGUUGUCCGUAGCUAUUAUAAUAUUAUGUUCAUAGUUUUUAAUACUUCUAAUGCGCCAGUUCUAAGACGUUAAUUUUAUUGAAACAAAACUUUAUUUCACAUAUAUUUUAACGUGUCGAAUGUUUCUGUCUAAAGUAACAUGUGACGUAUGUUUUGGGAGGUUAUAUUGUAACUUUUUUUUUUUUUUAAACACUUAUGUUCCGUUUUGUCAACAAAACUCCGUUUCCGUGUAUACCGUAAAGAAGAACUCGAAUACCGGAUGUGGUGUUUGAAUAGACUAGUAUUCUUAUUAUUAUUAUUAUUGUAUUGUAUCUUGAUCAGUAUAAAAUUGUCUACUCAACACUGGCAAGUAUUAGUAGCUGUAAUAAUAAUCUAAAAAGAAAGGCUCUCUGCGAUGAGAGUCGUUCAAUUAUUGGAAAAUACCAUACAUACAAAUCUCGUAUCCGUUUCACCGUAUUGUAUUUUUAAUAAUAUUUGUAUAUAUGUUUUUUUUUUUUCAUUUCUUAUUUCUUCAAAAGGUAUUAAAAAUGGGCGUUACUUGUGACUAAAUAAUAUCGAAAGCGGUAUUGUGGCUGUAUUGUUAAAAAUAAUUAAACGAAGACUGAAGCGUAGGUAUAGUAUAUUUAAAGUAUUAAAUUUAGACAUCUACUGAUACAUCACACAAUAUUUCUUUUUUUUUUUUUCUUAUUGCUAAGCAUAAUAUUUUAUAUGUAUUACUUUCUUGUUAUUAGUUUGUAGCGAAGACGACUAAUGUCGCAACGGUAAUUCUUCGACAAUUAGUUACGGAUUUAUUAAUAGAUUAGUUUUUACGAGUAAUGUUUAAGUUGUAUUUGUCAAUGCCGUAGACAUUAUGAGAUUACAAAGUAACGUAUGUGUUCUUUUUUCUUAAUAUUUAUGUAAAAAUGUUGUUGAAACUUACAAUUUUACGAACGAAUUUGAAUUUUUUAUUUAAAGUUUUUUUUUUAUUUUUACAUUUGAGGAACGUAACUUGAUCGCGUAAUUAUAAAGUCGCAUCACAAUAUUUAUAAUCGUUUACUAAGUAGUUCAAACUGUCACAUUUGAUUGUAAUCAUUUUGAUUGUUUUAUUUGUAAUCUCACACUGUGUAUGAGUGUUUUUAAAUAGACAAAAAAAAA